GAGAGAGAGAGAGAAAGAGAGAGAGAGAGUAUGCAUAUCAGUUAUGUUAAUUCGUUGUUAAUUUAUGUUGAAGCAUGCUAUCAUCAUUUUCAUACACUAAACCCUUGCCAUAUGAAUAGGCGGGCCUACUAUGCUUUUGGGGGCAAAUUUGGGGUGGAAAUUGAUUCAGCCUAUAAUUUGUUUCUCUGAAGGAGUCUAAAAAUGCCUCCGCUAUUAUCGACUGGAAUGCACAGUGGGAGGCUCCGUAUUCUCUUUCAGCUGCGCCAAAGUAGCCUAUCCUGUCGGACUAUGAGAAAUGAUAGAUAGCCUGACAAUGAACAAACACCUGCUAGAGGGAGCUAACACGGAAAACGACCUGAUUGGAGAAGAAAAUACGAAUCGAUGAUUCCUUGCCUAAUGCCAGUGGAUGCGUCCAGGUAAAUAGGCUACACCAGGAACUGUGCAGUGGCUGGCAUCACAACAACGCAUGGAUCGCGACUUCGUCCUGAUAUCAACUGUGUUGCCGUGCUCUGGAAUAGCCUAACAAUUCUGACAUACGCUACAGCUUUCACACCACGCCUCCCCGUUGCACGCAGCUCGAUUAACCAUCGUCGCUGGUGCACAGAGUGCUUUUCAAAAGGGAGCGAAAAUGAGACUGGUCUUCAUCUCCUCAUGUCGCGGAGAAAGGAACAUCGGAUAGACGAUGCAAUGAUGGGUAGUUGGACACUGAUGCUGCAUCCAUGAGCGCCUUCACUUCAGGGUGUUGUUUUUGGCACAGGUACCACAGGAUAGUUCUGGAGGGAGAGCAAAAAACUGCUGUUGGGAAGUUUUGACUCAAACGUGCACAACCGCCACGAUCUUUAUGAUUUUGGGGGAUUUAUUUGUGAUGGUAAGAAGAACACCGUUAUCCCCAUUCCCCACACUCCCUUAUGUGUAACAAUUUAAUCUGUUCAAAGCUGUCAAAUGGAUAUUUCAAACGACCUAGACAUCAACGUGGCCUACAUGAGGCGAAACAAUCAAUAAACUGCCAAGGAAAAAAAAAAAUCUGGAGUAACGACACUUAAUUAUUUUUAGAAUUUACAUUUUUGUGUGUCAUCUACCUGAGAAGUUGGGCAACAUAUGCUGUUAUGGGAAUGCGGCUUGUUUUGUCCCAGUUGACUUCAGUGGUUCUUUUCAGGCUGUUGCGUGUCUAACGGACAUGAACGCGCUACUGGACCGCUUUCACAACUAUAUUUUACCACAUUUACGAGGGGAGGACCACGUCUGCCAUUGCAACUGUGGAAGGCUGACUCAUCGCCGUCGGUGAUCAGGCCUACCACCAUCGUCUCGUCAGAAAAUCUUAAUGGUAUUGGAGUCGUGUGUGGCCACGCAGUCGUGGGUGAACAGGGAUCACAAGAGGGGACUAAGCACACACACCUGAAGGGCCCCCGUGUUGAGGGUCAGCGUGGCGGAGGUGUUAUUGUCUACCCUCAUCACCUGGGGCCGGCCCGUCAGGAAGUCCAGGAUCCAGUUGCGGAGGGAGGGGUUCAGUCCCAGGGUCCCUAACUUGGUGAUAAACUUGGAGGGGACUAUGGUGUUCAACGCUGAGCUGUAGUCUAUGAACAGCAUUCUCACAUAGUUAUUUCCCCUCUUGUCCAGGUGGGAGAGGGUGGGUUUAAGUGCAAUUGAGAUUGUGUCAUCUUUGGAUCUGUUGGGGCAGUAUACAAAUUGGAGUGGGUCUAGGGUGUCUGGGAUGAUGGUAUUGAUGUGUGACAUGACCAUCCUUUCAAAGCACUUCAUAAGUACAGAUGUGAGUGCUACAGGGUGAUAGUCAUUUAGGCAGGUUACAUUGGAGUUUAUGGGAACAGUGGUGGUCAGUAUGAAACAUGUUGGGAUUACAGACAAGGAUAGAUUGAACAUGUCAGUGAAGACACUUGCCAGCUGUUCUGCGCAUGCGUUGAGAACACGCCCUGGUAUUCCGUCUGGCUCCGCGGCCUUGUGAUUGUUAGCCUAUUUAAACAUUUUGCUCACAUCAGCCACGAAGAGCGAGGUCACACAGUCAUCUGGAAAAACAGGAGCUUUUUUCCCAGAAAAACAAAAGCCAUGUAGUUCGUUUGGGAGUCCUGCAUCGCUGGGGAACUCAUGGCUGGGAUUCCCUUUGUAAUCCGUUAUUGUCUGCAAGCCCUGCCACGUACGAUGAACGUCUGAGCGGGUGUAAUAUGAUUCCACCUUCCUCCUAUAUUGUUUUUUCUCAUGUUUGAUGGCUCAUCGGAUGUCGUAGCAGGUUUUCUUGUAUGCGUCCGUUUUCCGUCCCUAGCCUUUAGCCCAGCGCGGAUAUUGCUUGUAAUCAAUGGUUUUUGGUUUGGAUACGUUCUUAUAGUCACUAUGUAUAGUAUACAAUCAAUAUAGUAUAAGAUCAAUUAAUCAAUCAAUGUACAUGAGGAAAGAGAGAUAUUAAAACAAACUAUUCUUAAAAUCAACCUGAAACAAAGCAUGCUGGGAAAUAUAAUAAUAAUGAAGCCACUCCUACAUCUUUUUUUCUAUCUGAGAAAGUAAACAGAAAUUAACUCAACCCAGUUGAGUAACAAAAAACCACGCGAUUGUAAAGAUUUCUUGAAUCAAAUGUCCUGUCACUUCAACUUCUAAUGACUAAAUGCACUCUAAACAGGACAAUGGGAAAGUAAUCACUACUGUUUCAAAUCUGAACACUUAGGAGAUAUACUGUAGGUGUUUUCCUGGUUGGAAACAAACUGGAAAAAGCUGACUCACGUUUAAUCUUGCAUUCUAACACCUAUGUUCUAGAUGAGAAAACUUAUUGGCAAAUCUAAAUUACUUAUGCUUAAGUUUUUAACACUGACCUUUAUGUUAAUAACUUAUCACGUUUCAUGGUUUUACAGUGUGCAGGUGAUAGUGCACUGUUUAUGGUGGAUGGUCCAUCAAUAUUUUGUUGUUAUUUAUAAGACAAAGAAUGUUGACAGUUCUGUUUAGGUCGACUCACCUCAGAGAUCACUGGUGAACUAGUGAUGUAAAGCAUCUGCAAUAAUGCAUUAUCUGCAUGUAGCCUACAUCAUCUCCUAUCACUUUUAUCAUCUCAUUACAGUCUGUACAUCAACGAUGUAUGAAACAGCUGUUGAACUAUGUUGAACUAUGCUCUUGUACAUGAUGGAAAUGACUGGGUCUACAUUCCCACAGUGUGACAUGUCACUUAAGAAUAGUUUGUUUUAAUGUCUCUGCUUUCUCAUGCACAUUGAUUGAUUAAUUGAUAUUAUACUAUAUUGAUUGACUUGUUUGUGCUCUCCACAUCCUCCUUUUUUUGUUGGCACAUACAGUACCUUUCUCCCUUGCAACUCUCUGUCCACUGGGGACAGACGCCGUUUUAAUGUCUAGUUUUUGGUUGAGUUGUCAAAUAACGAGAAUUCAACAUUCACAUCAUUGGAUUUAGGUUAAAAGUUGGGUGAAAAAAAGACUAAAUUCCCUUACGUUGAUUACUUUUUGAAAAUCCAAUCAGUUUUCCACGUUGAUUCAACGUCAUCACAUUGUAGUUGUGGUUGAAAUUAUGUGGAAACCACAUUGAUCCAACAAGUUUUUCUCCAGUGGUUGCCCACGUCAACACUCUUCUUGCUGCUAUGGUUUCUCUCUACUGGGAGUGAUUCCUGCAGCCCAGUGGUAGAGGGGGCUGGUCCACAUGCACCACCCCAAGCCCCACCUCUCAUGGGGCAGCGAGGCCAGCUGUUAGUGAUGCGUCGACUGUGCUGCCCUCCAGCUGCAGCUGUUCACCGCUCAAUGAUGGGGCUGACAGCAGCACGCCCACUCAACCUCAUCUAUCCAUCCAGCCAUCCCACUCACCCACACAGCGCUACAGCAAAGCACCAUGUACACUAUGUGAUCCCGUAUGAUGGGGACCAGUCUCUGGUGGACUCUGCAGAUAACUACUUUGUGAGUGACAGUGUGACCAAGCAGGAGCUGGACCUGAUGCUGGGGCUGCUGCUGGGCUUCCUCCUCAGCUGGCUGCUGCUGUGUCUGGAUGGGGUGCUGCACGCUGCCCUCAGACGUUGGAGGGCCAAACAGCACCAUGAUGCGUUCUCCUGGUCAUGGGUUCCCCGCUUCUGUAACCUGGGGAGAAGGGUGCACAUGAGAAAGCUAGAGGACUCAAGUGGAAACAUGGUGCACAUUAAGCAGAAGAUGUACCACAACGGACACCCCAGCCCACGCCACCUCUGAAAGCCAUGGACAACGGACACCCCAGCCCACACCACCUGAGAGCAUUAGACUGGCUGAGACCAUAGACUGAGACCUGCUGACAACUGACCAACAGACACAAGGGCAGCUAAACAAAGACUAUCCAAGAUAUACCCUUCAAACCAUACUGUUUCUUAUUGCCACUGGAUAGAGCACUUUAACUGGCCCAAUGGCCUUCACACACAGUGCAAAACUCCUCACCGUCCAUAUCUGUCUUGACUGGAAAUGAUUUCAUGUUAAAGGAUGUAGGUAAUGGAGGGUCCAGUUAGUAGUGGGGUAAGCAAUUUGAUAAAAGCGUGUCAGUUUUUCAAAAUAGUAUAUAUAUAUACAUUUGGUUUAGAAUGUCAAUUUUGCUAGAAGUGGGGAUAGGGUGUAUAUUUUGCUUGGGGUUUGUCCGUUUGAAGAACAGUUUGUUUAUUUUGCCUGAAUAUGCCCGUUAUAAAAUAAAAAUAUUUAUUUUGCUUGAGGGUGGUCAAAUUUUGAGAGAGAUUUGUGUAUUGGUAGUACUUUGUCUAUUUUAAAAACUUGGCAUGUGAAAGCUGUACUGAAAGCUGUACUGAAAUUACACAUUAUUUGGGGUGGGAACGAGAACAUAAAUGCUGCCUGCUCAUCUAACUGUGUGGUGUGUACAGUAUAUGCAGUGUGCCAACAUUAAAGAACCAUUAGUUAUGGCAA